AUGUUUUUGUCAUCUGUCAUCUUUCUUCUGGCAGCUGUCGCCAAAGACUACAACCAGCACACCAACUUCAGAUCACACGAUAAGUUCAUCAGCCACAGACACAAGCAGCAGCACAACUGUGACUACAACCGCAACACAGACAACCAACAAUGUAACUAUGACUUCACCAGUCACAGACACAAGCAGCAGCACAACUGUGACUACAACAACAACACAGACAACAAACGAUGUACCUGUGACUACACCAGUCCCACAGACAACCAACAAUGUAACUAUGACUUCACCAGCCACAGACACAAGCAGCAGCACAACUGUGACUACAACAGCAACACAGACAACCAACGAUGUACCUGUGACUACAACCGCAACACAAACAACCAACACUGUAACUAUGAAUUCACCAGCCACAGACACAAGCAGCAGCACAACUGUGACUACAACCGCAACACAGAUAACCAACAAUGUAACUAUGACUUCACCAGUCACAGACACAAGCAGCAGCACAACUGUGACUACAACAGCAACACAGACAACCAACGAUGUACCUGUGACUACACCAGUCCCACAGACAACCAACAAUGUAAAUAUGACUUCGCCAGCCACAGACACAAGCAGCAGCACAACUGUGACUACAAUAGCAACACAGACAACCAACGAUGUACCUGUGACUACAACCGCAACACAAACAACCAACAAUGUAACUAUGACUUCACCAGCCACAGACACAAGCAGCAGCACAACUGUGACUACAACCGCAACACAGACAACCAACGAUGUACCUGUGACUACAACCGCAACACAAACAACCAACACUGUAACUAUGACUUCACAAGCCACAGACACAAGCAGCAGCACAACUGUGACUACAACAGCAACACAGACAACCAACGAUGUACCUGUGACUACACCAGUCCCACAGACAACCAACAAUGUAAAUAUGACUUCACCAGCCACAGACACAAGCAGCAGCACAACUGUGACUACAAUAGCAACACAGGCAACCAACGAUGUACCUGUGACUACAACUGCAACACAAACAACCAACAAUGUAACUAUGAAUUCACCAGCCACAGACACAAGCAGCAGCACAACUGUGACUACAACCGCAACACAGAUAACCAACAAUGUAACUAUGACUUCACCAGUCACAGACACAAGCAGCAGCACAACUGUGACUACAACAGCAACACAGACAACCAACGAUGUACCUGUGACUACACCAGUCCCACAGACAACCAACAAUGUAACUAUGACUUCACCAGCCACAGACACAAGCAGCAGCACAACUGUGACUACAACAGCAACACAGACAACCAACGAUGUACCUGUGACUACACCAGUCCCACAGACAACCAUCAAUGUAAAUAUGACUUCACCAGCCACAGACACAAGCAGCAGCACAACUGUGACUACAACAGCAACACAGACAACCAACGAUGUACCUGUGACUACACCAGUUCCACAGACAACCAACAAUGUAACUAUGACUUCACCAGCCACAGACACAAGCAGCAGCACAAUUGUGACUACAACAGCAACACAGACAACCAACGAUGUACCUGUGACUACAACCGCAACACAAACAACCAACAAUGUAACUAUGACUUCACCAGCCACAGACACAAGCAGCAGCACAACUGUGACUACAACCGCAACACAGAUAACCAACAAUGUAACUAUGACUUCACCAGUCACAGACACAAGCAGCAGCACAACUGUGACUACAACAGCAACACAGACAACAAACGAUGUACCUGUGACUACACCAGUCCCACAGACAACCAACAAUGUAACUAUGACUUCACCAGCCACAGACACAAGCAGCAGCACAACUGUGACUACAACAGCAACACAGACAACCAACGAUGUACCUGUGACUACAACCGCAACACAAACAACCAACAGUGUAACUAUGACUUCACCAGCAACAGACACAAGCAGCAGCACAACUGUGACUACAACCGCAACACAGAUAACCAACAAUGUAACUAUGACUUCACCAGUCACAGACACAAGCAGCAGCACAACUGUGACUACAACAGCAACACAGACAACCAACGAUGUACCUGUGACUACACCAGUCCCACAGACAACCAACAAUGUAAAUAUGACUUCACCAGCCACAGACACAAGCAGCAGCACAACUGUGACUACAACAGCAACACAGACAACCAACGAUGUACCUGUGACUACAACCGCAACACAAACAACCAACAAUGUAACUAUGACUUCACCAGCCACAGACACAAGCAGCAGCACAACUGUAACUACAACAGCAACACAGACAACCAACGAUGUACCUGUGACUACACCAGUCCCACAGACAACCAACAAUGUAACUAUGACUUCACCAGCCACAGACACAAGCAGCAGCACAACUGUGACUACAACAGCAACACAGACAACCAACGAUGUACCUGUGACUACACCAGUCCCACAGACAACCAACAAUGUAAAUAUGACUUCACCAGCCACAGACACAAGCAGCAGCACAACUGUGACUACAAUAGCAACACAGACAACCAACGAUGUACCUGUGACUACAACUGCAACACAGACAACCAACGAUGUACCUGUGACUACACCAGUCCCACAGACAACCAUCAAUGUAAAUAUGACUUCACCAGCCACAGACACAAGCAGCAGCACAACUGUGACUACAACAGCAACACAGACAACCAACGAUGUACCUGUGACUACAACCGCAACACAAACAACCAACAAUGUAACUAUGACUUCACCAGUCACAGACACAAGCAGCAGCACAACUGUGACUACAACAGCAACACAGACAACCAACGAUGUACCUGUGACUACACCAGUCCCACAGACAACCAACAAUGUAACUAUGACUUCACCAGCCACAGACACAAGCAGCAGCACAACUGUGACUACAACAGCAACACAGACAACCAACGAUGUACCUGUGACUACACCAGUCCCACAGACAACCAUCAAUGUAAAUAUGACUUCACCAGCCACAGACACAAGCAGCAGCACAACUGUGACUACAACAGCAACACAGACAACCAACGAUGUACCUGUGACUACAACCGCAACACAAACAACCAACAAUGUAACUAUGACUUCACCAGUCACAGACACAAGCAGCAGCACAACUGUGACUACAACAGCAACACAGACAACCAACGAUGUACCUGUGACUACACCAGUCCCACAGACAACCAACAAUGUAACUAUGACUUCACCAGCCACAGACACAAGCAGCAGCACAACUGUGACUACAACAGCAACACAGACAACCAACGAUGUACCUGUGACUACACCAGUCCCACAGACAACCAUCAAUGUAAAUAUGACUUCACCAGUCACAGACACAAGCAGCAGCACAACUGUGACUACAACAGCAACACAGACAACCAACGAUGUACCUGUGACUACACCAGUCCCACAGACAACCAACAAUGUAACUAUGACUUCACCAGCCACAGACACAAGCAGCAGCACAACUGUGACUACAACAGCAACACAGACAACCAACGAUGUACCUGUGACUACACCAGUCCCACAGACAACCAUCAAUGUAACUAUGACUUCACCAGCCACAGACACAAGCAGCAGCACAACUGUGACUACAACAGCAACACAGACAACCAACGAUGUACCUGUGACUACACCAGUCCCACAGACAACCAUCAAUGUAAAUAUGACUUCACCAGCCACAGACACAAGCAGCAGCACAACUGUGACUACAACAGCAACACAGACAACCAACGAUGUACCUGUGACUACACCAGUCCCACAGACAACCAUCAAUGUAAAUAUGACUUCACCAGCCACAGACACAAGCAGCAGCACAACUGUGACUACAACAGCAACACAGACAACCAACGAUGUACCUGUGACUACAACCGCAACACAGAUAACCAACAAUGUAACUAUGACUUCACCAGUCACAGACACAAGCAGCAGCACAACUGUGACUACAACAGCAACACAGACAACCAACGAUGUACCUGUGACUACACCAGUCCCACAGACAACCAACAAUGUAACUAUGACUUCACCAGCCACAGACACAAGCAGCAGCACAACUGUGACUACAACAGCAACACAGACAACCAACGAUGUACCUGUGACUACACCAGUCCCACAGACAACCAUCAAUGUAAAUAUGACUUCACCAGCCACAGACACAAGCAGCAGCACAACUGUGACUACAACAGCAACACAGACAACCAACGAUGUACCUGUGACUACAACUGCAACACAAACAACCAACAAUGUAACUAUGACUUCACCAGCCACAGACACAAGCAGCAGCACAACUGUGACUACAACCGCAACACAGACAACCAACGAUGUACCUGUGACUACACCAGUCCCACAGACAACCAUCAAUGUAACUAUGACUUCAACAGCCACAGACACAAGCAGCAGCACAACUGUGACUACAACAGCCACACAGACAUCCAACAAUGUAACUAUGACUUCACCAGUCACAAGCAACAGCACAACUGUGACUACACCAGUCCCAGAGACAACCAACACUGUAACUAUGACUUCACCAGCCACAGACACAAGCAGCAGCACAACUGUGACUACAACCGCAACACAGAUAACCAACAAUGUAACUAUGACUUCACCAGUCACAGACACAAGCAGCAGCACAACUGUGACUACAACAGCAACACAGACCACCAACGAUGUACCUGUGACUACACCAGUCCCACAGACAACCAACAAUGUAACUAUGACUUCACCAGCCACAGACACAAGCAGCAGCACAACUGUGACUACAACAGCAACACAGACAACCAACGAUGUACCUGUGACUACACCAGUCCCACAGACAACCAUCAAUGUAAAUAUGACUUCACCAGCCACAGACACAAGCAGCAGCACAACUGUGACUACAACAGCAACACAGACAACCAGCGAUGUACCUGUGACUACAACCGCAACACAGACAACCAACAAUGUAACUAUGACUUCACCAGUCACAGGCACAAGCAACAGCACAACUGUGACUACACCAGUCCCACAGACAACCAACAAUGUAACUAUGACUUCACAAGCCACAGACACAAGCAGCAGCAGCACAACUCUGACUACAGCAGUCCCACAGACAACCAACAAUGUAACUAUGACUUCACCAGUCACAAGCAACAGCACAACUGUGACUACCUCAGUCCCACAGACAACCAUCAAUGUAACUAUGACUACACCAGCAACACACACAACAACAAUUACAACCUCUACGCAGCAGGGCAAUUUGACAAUAGCUCCAUCUCCAGCAACCACACACAAUGCAACAGUAACAGGCGGACCCCAACCUUCUUCACCUACUUCCAUCUCCAGCUCUGUCCCUUCAAACACCUCCCCAGGCAUUAGCACCGUACUCCCCAGUGGAAAUACUACUUCCCUUAGUCCCUCAACAACAACCCCAGGAGUGACCAGCCACACAACAGCCCUCCCCAUUACCACCUCCUCCAUCCUGGCUCCAGUCAUUGUGUGCACCCCUACCUCAUGCCCACUUGAUAGUGUGUGUCUUAAUGGAACUUGCCAGUGUCGCUCCGGUAGCAUUCUGGAG